UUCGUCCCCACCUAACAUUGCCCACACCAUACUUGUUUUGGAUAUGCUUCUGUUCGGUUGUUGGUGUAGCGCGUGAGUGUUUUGUGCUUUGAUCGGUAGAUGUUUCAGAUGUUUUGUUGCUCUUAUUGUGCGCCAUUGCUUAAUAAUUGCCAAUGCUCAGUGCGUGUGCGUCCGUCAGUGAAGUGAGUUUGUGUAAGGUGUUUUGUAUCUCAUUCUACAGAGUUUGAACGAGAAAACGAGAAGAACAUUUAAAAAUAAUUAAUGAACUAUUGAACCCUUGUUAAAAGUAAUUUGACAGUAAUUAAAGUUACUUCAUCAUUGCGCACACACGCGUUUAUUUCAACAACAACACAUGGCCGAUUCAUGCACUAAAAGUUCAAACACCACUACUACCACCUGUAGAAUGAAUGAAGAAAACGACGGCAAGGAGGUAACCGGUCUGACACAUGAAUGUGGAGUUUUUGGAGCAAUAGCCUGUGGCGACUGGCCUACGCAAAUUGACAUCGCUCACGUCAUAUGUCUGGGAUUAGUGGCCUUGCAACAUCGAGGACAAGAGUCCGCUGGCAUCGUGACCAGUGAAGGGAAAUGUUCCAAGCAAUUCAAUAUGCACAAGGGCAUGGGCAUGAUUAGCCAGUUGUUCAACGAUGAUUCAAUGAAGAAACUAAAAGGUAAUCUUGGCAUUGGUCAUACACGUUACUCCACCACAGGAGCCUCAGAGGUGGUUAAUUGUCAACCAUUUGUGGUUCAUACGGCCCAUGGAGCCAUGGCUUUGGCCCACAACGGAGAACUAGUUAAUAGUGAGUCAUUACGCCGUGAAGUCUUGGGUCGUGGUGUUGGUCUAUCGACGCACAGUGACAGUGAAUUGAUUACGCAAAGCCUAUGUCGCUGCCCAGGAGAUGUCUCCGAACAGGAUGGUCCCGAUUGGCCUGCCCGUAUUCGUCAUUUCAUGCAAUUGGCCCAUCUUUCAUAUUCACUUGUAAUCAUGGUCAAGGACAAAAUUUAUGCGGUGCGCGAUGUGUAUGGCAAUCGUCCUUUGUGCUUGGGGAAAAUUGUGCCCGUCAAUUCGGGCAAUGUAAAUGUUGACGAUGUAUCCGCUGAAGGUUGGGUGGUGUCCAGUGAAUCUUGUGGCUUUCUCUCUAUUGGCGCUCGUUAUGUGCGAGAAGUGGAACCUGGUGAAAUUAUCGAAAUGACUCGCGAUGGGUGCCGUACUGUGGACAUCGUAGAAAGACCAGAGUACAAGAAGAUGGCCUUUUGCAUUUUUGAAUAUGUGUACUUUGCUCGUGGAGAUUCCAUAUUUGAAGGCCAAAUGGUAUACUCAGUGCGAAUGCAAUGUGGCCGCCAAUUGGCACGAGAGGCUCCCAUACAGGCUGACAUAAUAAGUUCGGUACCAGAAUCGGGUACAGCUGCUGCUCAUGGCUAUGCCAAAGAAUGUGGCAUAGAGUUUGCUGAAGUCUUGUGCAAAAAUCGUUAUGUUGGCCGCACUUUCAUCCAGCCCUCCGCCCGGCUAAGGCAGUUGGGGGUGGCCAAGAAAUUUGGCGCACUUUCGGAAAAUGUUGCUGGCAAACGUUUGGUCCUUAUCGAUGAUUCCAUUGUACGUGGUAAUACAAUUGGACCCAUUAUAAAACUACUACGAGAUGCUGGGGCGAUAGAGGUGCAUGUACGUGUGGCCAGCCCUCCUCUACAGCAUCCAUGCUAUAUGGGCAUUAAUAUACCAACCCACGAGGAGUUGAUUGCAAAUACCUUAAAUGCUGAACAAUUAGCACGUCAUGUGGGCGCCGAUAGUUUGGCGUAUCUUUCGGUAGAGGGUUUGAAGAAGGCGGUCAAUUUGAAUCGCAAAGAAAUGAGAUCGGGUAAAAGCGGUCAUUGUACAGCUUGUUUGACAGGUGAAUACCCAGGAGGCUUACCGGACCAGUUGAGCUGGUAAUUGAAUGAAUGUAUGUAAAUGGAAUAUUUUCAAAAUAUUGCAAUGUAACGACUACAUGGCAAGCUUAAGCUGCUAUUACACGAUCAGACAAGUCAUAUGUAAUUUCUAAAAUAGCAAAUAGUGAAAGUUGCACAAAUCGUGUGGCACGUACGAAAAAUUGUAUAUGACAAAUGGAUUUCGAAAUAAAUUGCAACUUAUUCGAUUAAUUCGAUUAACUAUUUUAUCGAACAUACCUAUGAAAAUUCAUGCCGAUUAGAGCGCGCUCUAUAUUUGACAUACAUAAGACAAGUUUUAUGAAUACAAAAAAUGACAGCUCAUAUGACAUGUCUGAUCAGGUAAUAGCAGCUUAAGUGUCAAUGUACAUAUGUAUGUAUGUAUAUUUUUGAUUUUGAUUGAAGAUUAAGGUAUCGAAAAGACUUGCCGUAGACGGCAAGUAAGUAUAAUUAUAAAAAUAUAUAUUUAUAUUUAUUUAUAGUAUGAGUGUACAAGUUAUGACAGCGUUAUAGUAAAUGCCUUGUUUAUGUGUGUGGCAGGUUUACAUGUUCAUGUAACAAGCAAACAAACACGCCAACUAAAGGUGAUUUAAAGCAUUCAUCCUCAUGUGUUAAGAAUUUUACACACAUGUUAAUAUACGUACAUAGAUAAAAUCCACA